UGGAAAAGAAAAAGAAAAGGAAAGAAGAUGCCAAGACUUUUAACACUGUACCCACCUCUUCUUGCCCGUUUUUCCCCCAACUCUUUCUACUUUACCAACACAUUUUCCUCUCCCAGACCCCAAUCUUGGAUUUUUCUUCACGCAUCUCAUCUCCAUCGCUCGUUAGGUUAGCUCACUUGACCCGCUGCCUUUCUUGCACCGAUUUCAGUCUCUCUUUUUUGCAUUUACUGUGUUUUCUGGGCUAUGGGUGCUCAUAAAUACGAGUGAAUGAGUUUGUUCUUAUGAUGUGAGUGGUAAAGGUCCCCAAAGAAUUGAUUUUUAUUGAAAGAAGGCACCAAAUGUCGCCGGCGAAGGCGACUGCGGUGGAUGAUGGAGUGGAGUACUCCUUCGCCAUGGAGUACCAUGGCCCACCCAUUUCUCAUGAGCUUCCUCGGGCGGUACCCAUCAAUGUGGACAGCAUUCCAGUUGCUUCAGUGGUUUCGCAGAUGCCGAUAUCUCAUAGAUUUACCCUGCCCGUCGUUCAUCCCGUUUCAGUUUCUGAUGUGGCGAAAGGGUUUUCCAAGGAGCUCAAGCGAAGCUCCAAUUCGACUGUUUCUCCGACCUCCGUGAUUGCGUUUGACCGGCAGAGUACGAGGUACGAGGACGAGUCUGCUAGCAAAGAGUUAGCUUUAGCGUCUGAGACUGAGAUUACACUGUCUCCAUGCUCGGUCAACGGCGUCGUUGACGACAAAGUUCCGAGUAGUAGUGAUUGCGUUGCCUCUGGCGAAUCUAGUAGCUCGAGUUCGGCAGAGAGGGAAGGUGAGUUUUCUUGCGCGAUAAAUGAAUCCACUGAGCUAGCUUCUUUCUCAGCUGGCCAUGAGCAUUCUGAUGAGUUAUUGGGCGGGUUGGGUAGCUCUGGUGAGUCUAGAUUCUCCAGUAGCUUCGAGAGGUCGAGGGAAUUUUCUAGAAGUUCAGGGACGCUGAUGAGGUUUCCUACUACUGGUAAAGGGGGCGAACCGGAUUGGGCCUCAAAUGAUUCAGUGAUGAGUUUUGAUUAUCCAUCUUCUAGAGUUUCAUCUCAUAAACUUGAGGACAGUAAUAUUGAACAGGACAAUGAGGCAAAGCGGGCUUCGAUUGUCACUUUCUGUGAUAUCCAGUCAGAUGAUGAAGAUAUUAAUGAGGAAUUUAGUGGACCUGAACCUGAUGUGAGCAGACCUCAGAAAGCACCUCGCUUGAUGACGAAGAAGAAAGGGGUAUGCUAUAGGUGCUCUAAAGGAAACAGGUUUACUGAGAAGGAGGUCUGUUUAGUGUGUGAUGCAAAAUAUUGCAGUAGGUGUGUGCUUAGAGCCAUGGGGUCCAUGCCCGAGGGAAGGAAGUGUGUGGCUUGCAUUGGGUAUCCAAUUGAUGAGUCCAAGCGGGGAAAUUUGGGUAAAUGCUCCCGCAUGCUUAAACGUCUGCUUAACGACUUAGAGACUCGACAGAUUAUGAAGGCUGAAAAGACGUGUGAAGUGAAUCAAUUGCCAUCAGAGUAUGUGUGUGUGAAUGGAAGGCCACUUUGUAAUGAAGAGCUUGUUACAUUGCAGAGCUGCCAGAGGCCUCCCAAGAAGCUUAAACCUGGAAAGUAUUGGUACGACAAAGUUUCUGGUCUAUGGGGAAAGGAUGGACAAAGACCUUCACAGAUUAUUAGCGCCCAUCUAAAUGUUGGGGGUCCUAUCAAGGUGAAUGCUAGUAAUGGGAACACUCAAGUUCAUAUAAAUGGCCGUGAGAUUACGAAAGGGGAGUUACGCAUGUUACGGUUAGCAGGAGUUCAGUGUGCUGGCAACCCACACUUUUGGGUGAACGAUGACGGGUCAUACCAAGAGGAGGGACAGAAAAACACAAAAGGUUAUAUAUGGGGCAAGGCUGGAACAAAGCUGGUGUGUGCAAUAUUUUCCCUUCCAAUUCCUUCAAAUUCAUCUUCUGUUUCUGGGGAGCAAGUAACCGACACGCUCAACCGAUCAAUACCUGCUUACUUGGAGCAAAGAACACUUCAAAAACUACUUCUUGUUGGGUAUAGUGGGUCCGGUACAAGCACUAUAUUCAAGCAGGCUAAGAUUCUUUAUAAGGAUGUACCUUUCACGGAAGAUGAGUGCCAACAUAUCAAAUCAGUGAUUCAGAGUAAUGUCUAUAGAUACCUUGCCAUACUUCUUGAGGGACGCGAGCAUUUUGAGGAUGAAAGUGUAAACGCACUAUCAAUGAAACGACAUUCUGAUGAAUCUAGAAAAACAGGAAAGGUUGAUGGAGGUGAUCAGAAAACUUUGUAUUCCAUUCCUGCUAGACUGAGAGCAUUUUCUGAUUGGCUUCUCAAGAUUAUGGCUUCUGGUAACUUGGAAGCUGUCUUUCCAGCAGCUACACGGGAGUAUGCUCCAUUAAUUGAAGAGCUGUGGAAUGAUGCUGCCAUUCAGGCGACCUACAAACGGAGGGGUGAAUUGGAAAUGCUACCCGGUGUUGCAAAUUAUUUCCUUGAGCGUGCUGUUGAUAUUUUGAAAGUCGAUUACGAACCUUCAGAUGUUGAUGUAUUGUACGCUGAGGGUGUUACAUCAUCCAAUGGGCUUUCAUGCAUGGAAUUUUCUUUUCCUGAGGCUGCAAAUGAUGACAAUAUUGAUAGCAAUAAUCAGCCUGAUUCUCUUCUCAGAUAUCAGCUGAUUAGAGUACAGGCAAAGGGGUUUGGAGAAAACUGCAAGUGGAUUGAGAUGUUCGAGGAUGUGCGGAUUGUCAUUUUCUGCGUGUCCUUGAGCGACUAUGAUCAGUACCGUGUGGCUGAGACGGGCGAGUUAGUCAACAAAAUGGUGUUGAGCAAAAGGUUCUUCGAGAGCAUCGUCACUCACCCAACAUUUGAUCAGAUGGACUUCCUAUUGCUCCUAAAUAAGUUUGACCUGUUUGAGGACAAGGUAGAACGCGUACCGUUGACCGAAUGUGAAUGGUUUGAUGAUUUCCGUCCUGUGGUCAGCCUCCAUCGCUCCUCCCACAACAGUAGCAACAACAUCAACCAUAACCCGUCCUUGGGCCAUCUUGCAUUCCACUAUAUUGCUGUCAAAUUUAAGAGGCUGUUCUCAGCUCUAACUGACAAAAAAUUGUAUGUUUCUAUGGUUAGAGGUUUGGACCCAAAGAGUGUUGACGAAUCGCUAAAGUAUGCGAGGGAGAUAGUGAAGUGGGAUGAAGAGAGGCCCAAUUUCAGCUUGAGUGAGUACUCAUUUUAUAGCACCGAUGCAAGUUCCAUCUCGCAUUAAGGAUGCAUGCUGUACAUACAUAUCUAUAUAUAAAUACACACGCUUAGAUGGUUUACAUGAAAAGGGAAGGGAAGAGGAUUGAGUGAAUGGAAAUGCAUGUCUUUAGGGAUUGUAAUGAACAUGAGACUCAGCCAUGUUGUUUCCGGGUGGUAGGCUGUCAAACUCAUGCCGUUCCAUGUCCUGGCCCCGUUAGGCAGUAGGUUCCAGUCUGCCAAAGCCUAGCCCUUUUUGAACAAUGAUUUAGACCCCCUGUUCUUCUGUAGGAAAAUUUGAAAUGUACUACAAGCUUUAGUUGCAUUGUGUAGAUUUAUGUAUCUGUGCAGGUUGAAUGCUGGAGAUAAUGAUUUAUUGCUUUGAGAGUAUUCUUGAAAGUGCUGAGUUUAUAACUAAGCAAUACGACAUUGGUUUAUAGUUUACACUUUCCACUGGCCGACUCUGUUUAGUGAAAGUGCUGUGAUAAACUGAUGAUUUUAUGCAUAAGAAUUCUGUUUAUUUCACUUUUGUUAAAUAUGGCUGAGAAAAU